UCGCUCAUGGGCGCAUGGGCACGAUACCGUUCAGCCUGUGCACUUGGUCUUUUGAAUCUUCUCACGGAACAUCCUCUGCAGGGUCAUGUCGAGCGUCUGUAUCGCCAUGACUUGGAGUUGUUCAUCCGGAUUUAUGCCUGGGUUUGUCUGUUGAUCGUCGGAAUCUCGCACCGUCCAUAAAUGGGCACAUGUUCACGCCAUACAGUGACAACAAGAAGAACAAAUCUUUAUCGCAGUAUCCAUUGGUCUCAGCAAAAGUUUCUACCUCGACACCUUAUUAUGUCUCGCUUCGGCUGUGCGA